AUGGGGGCUGUGUGCCCCCUCCUCCCAGUUCUCACCUUCCUUCCAGUACAAACUACAGUGGCUCUCAGUAUGGGGGCUUUGAACCUAGUGCCCAGCCCCCUCCUCCAAGUUCUCACCUCCCUUCCGGCACCAACUAUAGCGGCUUUCAGUAUGGGGGCUAUAGAAUUUUUAGUUGCUGAAACAUGCCACCUUUUGGCCAUUUUUGAGUCACACUUGUCAAGCACUAAGUCCAACAGAGGCUAUGAGCCUAGCGCUCAGCCCCCUCCUCACACCCAGCAGCCCCCUCCUUCUAGCACCCAGCCAACUCCCUCCAUUACUACCUAUGGCAAAUACACUCAACCCUACUCUUACCCUGACCAGCAGCAGUCCCAUUCCCCCCUCAAUUGUGAGGAUGGGGGGAUGGACUAUGGCAGCAAUGACUAUGGCACCAACAAUAAUGGCAAUGACCUCAACAUGAGUGGUCCCGUCACGGACCUCAACAGUCCCAGGGUCACUCAGACCGCUUUCGGGUCUUGGGUCUUCACAUUUGUGGUCCUUGUCAAUGUCAACACCAUCAGUCCGGAUGUCAAUGACUCUGACAUCGCAACCUGUGGCCUCCGAGGGAAAGGGGAGGAAGUCAAAGAAGGCCCAAUCUAG